GCUACCUCAAGUUGGCAAAAGGCGCUCAAUUACGAUUUACGCAAAUUUGUUUUAAAUUGUGGACUCGAAACCACUCAAUGUAUAUCACAAGUGUAUGCUUCUGUUUUAUUAAUUCAUUGUCGUUUUCGUAAUUUUCUACGGCAAAUGCGAAGAGUCGUGUCGCGCUAGUUAGCUAGCUGGGCUAAGGAAGUUUAGCCAAAUAGUUAGCUGCCGAGUGGCGGCGUUGGCUUGUUCUCGUCUCCCGCAAAUGGAGCCCCGAGGCCGGCCUUUCUAACUCCUCCGCACCGAAACGUCCCACAGGAGCCUGGCUCGGAAAUCACAAGCUUUCCUGGUUUCCUGCGGAUGGCUCCACACAGGCAUGGCCCCUCGGCCGGAGGCCACCCUGUGGCGAACGGACCGUACCCCCCGUCCUCCUCCGACGCCAAGAAGCCCAACAUGCAGCUGGUCCAAGACGACCACGAGUUGUUCCUGCAGGCCUUCGAAAAGCCUACCCAAAUUUACAGGUUCCUCCGCACCAGGAACUUGAUCGCUCCCAUAUUCCUGCACAGGACUCUCACCUACAUGUCACACAGGAACUCGAGGAAGAACAGCAAAAGGAAAAGCUCCAAGAUGGACAACCUGCUCUUCCGAGCAGAAAAAAUGCAUGGAGAACAAGAACCACAUGGCUUGGCGUCCAAUUUGCAGCUCACCUUCACCGGCUUCUUCCACAAAUCAGGGACACCGUCUCAGGACUGUGAGAACGAGCAGACCUCCGUGUCUCUCGAGGUCCUCCUUGUCAAAGUCUGUCACAAGAAGAGGAAGGAUGUGAGCUGUCCUGUUAAGCAGGUCCCCGCCGGGAAGAAGCAGGUUCCACUCAACCCGGACUUAAGUUCUUCUGGCGGCCGCUGUGCUGGCAGUCCGGGACAUUCCGGAAACUUUCCAUCCUUGCUUGUCCCAAGCAGCGAGUUUGAAGCCAGCAACUCUCACAUGGUCAAGUCCUACUCACUGCUUUUUAGAGUGUCCCAGCCAGGGUAUGACCACAUGCUCCUCCACAAUGGGCUCGCCAACGGAGAGGCGUGCCACCACAGAGAGCUCUCAGAGGUAAUGAUGGCCAGGAAGAGGCGGGCCUCUCCCCUCAGGGAGGACGGAGGAAGCACACUGGUGGCUCAGAUGACCGUUUUUGAUAAAAACAGACGUCUGCAGCUGCUGGACGGCGACUACGAAGUUUCAAUGCAAGACUUGGCACAGCAAAGUCCUCUCAACAACAUGACAGCAACGUGGGAGACCAUACUGGACACGAAGCACUUGCCUCCAUUGGAGGCGUUCUGUGAUGGUCCCACUCUUCACUUCACACUUCGAUGGACCAAGGACCUCUGCGACGGUUCCACGGCUCCCGUCGCCAAACCUCUGGCCACGCGCAACACGGACGCCAACCAGGAGGGCAAAGUGGCCGUCACACUGAGGAACACGCCACACUCCGCACACACUGUGAAAGAAACCCUCAACACAGACAAAGUCCACACCAGAACCAGAGAAUACGUGUCAGCGCAAUCUCGACCAAAACUACGCAUCUUCUACCAGUUCCAGUACAACAACAACAGUCGGCAGCAGACCGAGGCCAGAGACGACCUUCACUGCCCUUGGUGCACUUUGAACUGCAGGAAGCUGUACAGUCUGCUAAAACACCUCAAGCUGUCUCACUCGCGUUUUGUCUUCAACUACGUGCCUCAUCCCAAAGGAGCCAAGAUCGAGGUGUCCAUCAACGAGAGUUACGACGGCUCGUACGCGGGGAAUCCUCAGGACGUACACAGCCAGCCGGGAUUCGCCUUCAGCCGCAACGGACCCGUCAAGCGGGCGGCUGUCACUCAGGUCCUGGUCUGCAGGCCCAAGCGCAGCAAGCCAAGUCUGUCCGAGUUCCUGGAGUGUGAGGGCGGCGAGAGCGAGCGUCCCUGGUCCUACGUGAGUGGACACAACAGACUUUACUUCCGGAGCGACAGCUGCGUGCCCAGAGCGCCGCAGGAGAUGGACGUGGACAGCGAGGACGAAAGGGACCCUGACUGGCUCCAGGAGAAGACCGCCAAGCAAAUCGAGGACUUCACGGACGUGAACGAGGGCGAGAAGGAGAUCAUGAAGCUGUGGAACCUUCACGUCAUGAAGCACGGUUUCAUCGCAGACCACCAGAUGAACGAGGCGUCCCUGCUGUUCACUGAGCUGCACUGCGCUCACCUAGUCCGCCAAAACCUGCGCCGCAACUUCCUGCUUCACCUGGUCAGCAUGCACGACUUCAACCUGGUCACCACCAGAACCAUCGACCAGGCCAUGGCCAGACUCCAGGCUGCCGCGCACGGGGGCGAACCCCCAGAGGAGGAAGACGAAUGGGAGACGGCGGUGGAGUCUCUAACAGAGACGGACCUUGAGCCGUCCCGGUGUGAAGACGCCAGCAGGUGGCAAGAGAGUCACACCGCUGUUUUAUACUGACCAAUGGCAGAACCCCAACAGAACUUUGUGAUUAUGAUUUAAAUGAUGGAUCAUGGAGACACCCGAAGGGCAUGAUUUCCUGUUUUAUGAUCCUAAGACUUGAAGAAUUUGUCAAGUCAUACACCCCAAACUGAAAUUUUGGGUUUGGAACCUUCAAUCAGCUUUUAGGACUUCGAGACUGAGGAACUGUAGGUCGUGGAGACACCAAAACAGCAUGUUUUCCAGUGUGUUAUCCAAGAACUUGCGGACUUCGUCCACGUUAGUAGAAACCCUAAAAUGAACUUUUGGGUUUGAAACCGUCAAUCAACUUUUUGGAAUUUCAGGUCUUUGAGACUAAAGAAUCACAGAGAAACCAGAAUAUCUUGUUUUCCUCUUUGUUAUUCCAAAACCUGAGGAAAUGUUCAAUGCUCCUGAUGUUGGGUGUCAGUGUAACCUGACCAAUGAGUGGGGGUUGGCCAGAAACCCAAAACUAUACUUUUUGUUUGAAACAUUAAGUCAACUUUUAGCACUCAAACAUUGAUUCUAGUCAAGACCAUAAUUGUUCCUGUUUGUUGUCCAAAAACCUUGUCUAUGUUACUCGAAAACUCCAAAAUUCACUAUAGGGUUUGGAACCUUUAGUCAACUUUUGCAACGUUUAGGAUGUCAAGACCAAAAAGGUCUCGUUCAUGAAGUGACCAGAAAAUAAGGUUUUCCUCUUGGCUUUCCGAGAUCUUCAGGACUUUGUCCAUGGUCCUAACUGGUCAAUGAUGGCAGAAACCCCAAAAAUUGACUUUUUGUUUCGAAUGCUAAGCAGACUUUUAGGACGCCAAGACUGACUCUGUAUCAAGAAGACACCAAGACUUCAUGUUUUCUCUUUAUCCCUGGACUCGAGGGCUUUGUACGCAGUCCGAUUUACUAGAAACCUGUGCAAAAUUCCAAACUAUAUAUAGACUUUUAUCGUUUGGAACCAACUUUUGAAUUUUAGGGCCCUUAAGACUGAUUCUGGAUCAGGGAGAGACCAGGACAUUGUUUUCAUUCUUCUUAUCCAAAAACAUCAGGAUUUUGUGCAUGUUCCUGACCCUUGCACAACCCCAAAAUUGACUUCUUCUGGAUCGAGGAAACACCAGAACGUUUUUCUGUUUGUCAUAAAAUUUGAGGACUCUUGUUUAUGUUCCUAAUGUUUAGUAUCAGUGUAAACUGAUCAGUGAACGGAGGGCAACCAGAAACCUUCACAGAAGCCCACAAUUUAAUUUGUUUGGACCGGUCAAGACAACUUUUUGGACUAUUAAGGAUGUCAAGACCGCAGAAUUCUGGAGCAAGUUUUCCAAAUCCCAAAUUUUGACAACUUUGUCCAUGUGAAAAACUUGGAUCCACCAAAGAGGACUGGGGGUUCAGUUUGAGAGUCUGAUUCGGUUCAAAGAUUUCAUUUAUAAUUGUCAGAAUAUCUCCAACGGUGCUACUUUUUUCUCUUCAUAAUCUGAUCCAGAAUCUGUUUUGUUCCUUCUGAGCCGAUGUUGCCUUUUGCCAAUGUGGAAUUGUUUGAAAGAUCAGCAGAAAAUGAAGGUCCAAAAUCCAAAGUGAAGCCAGCACAGAGCAGAAGUGCCUUACAAUUGUAUUCUUUCAGAGCCCAGCAGGGGGUGCAAUACCCCACACAAGCUGUUAAAUAGAAGACUUGAUUUGCUUUUGUUUUUCCUGCUGGUCUCAUUAGUUUCCGUGAAGGGAAAAAAAAAAAAAAAAAAAGACCAAUCAAGUGUGCGUUCUUAGAUGCAAUUCCACUCUGAUACUAUUGAUGUCCAUGUUACGAUGAAACAACCAAAACCUGACACAAUUGACACCAUGCAUCUGUUCGCUAAAGCGUGUGCGAAAAGGCUAAAAGUGUUUUUGUUGUUCCUUCACUCCGCAGCAGCAGGAUUUUUUUGCACAACAAAAUGUUCUACUGGCCUGCUAUCACCUUUUAUUAUUAUUAAAAAAGGCACAUUUGUA